UCCUACUGGACGAGUUGCCACUCGAAGGCGGCUGCAGCCGGGAACCUGUUUUGCUCUGAGGGGAUUCCUUUGGCCCACGGAGUGGCGCCGCUCCGCCAGGCGGCGAUUUCUCGGGCCAGGACCCAAUAGGAGCCUCCGUCCUUUCCGUGGCGGCGCUCGUCAAGUGGAAAUACCAGGGGUCCAGAAUUCAUGGUGAAUCAAGAAGUAACAAACAAGUGUGCCUACACAAUGGAGGGGAAACAUAUUAUGGAUACAGUUUUCAUUUCCAGCCUUUCAAGAGUCUAUAAGAAAUGACAUCCAAAAAUGCUAACUGACAUACCUUGCCUCGCUGAAAUGGUGGACACCGAAAGCCAGCUUUGCCCCCUUAUUCCCUUAAAGGAUGAGGAUCUUGAUAGUCCUUUAUCUGAAGAAUUUUUACAAGAUAUGGAGAACAUAAAAGAACUCUCACAAUCUAUAAGCGGGGAUAGUUCAGGUGCAUUAAGUGUAACAGAUUUCCAGUCACUGGGAAAUGGACCGGGCUCUGACGGAUCAAUCAUUACAGACUCCCUUUCACCAGCAUCAAGUCCUUCAUCUGUGAAUCUUGCCACAAUCCCAAGUAGCAAUGAUGAACCACCCAGUGCAACAUUAAACAUUGAAUGUAGAAUAUGUGGAGAUAAAGCUUCAGGUUACCAUUAUGGAGUUCAUGCCUGUGAAGGUUGUAAGGGCUUUUUUAGACGAACAAUCAGACUAAAACUUAUCUAUGACAGAUGUGAUCGCAACUGCAAGAUUCAGAAAAAGAAUCGUAAUAAGUGCCAAUACUGUCGUUUCCAAAAGUGCCUUUCUGUUGGAAUGUCUCAUAACGCAAUUCGAUUUGGACGGAUGCCAAGAUCAGAGAAGGCAAAGUUGAAAGCUGAAAUUCUAACAGGUGAACAUUGUAUUGAAAAUUCCGAAAUCGCUGAUCUUAAAUCACUUGCCAAGAGAAUUUAUGAAGCAUAUUUGAAAAACUUUAAUAUGAACAAAGUCAAGGCCAGACUCAUACUUGCGGGGAAAAACAGUAACAAUCCACCAUUUGUUAUCCAUGAUAUGGAUACGUUGUGUAUGGCAGAGAAGACACUGGUGGCAAAACUGGUAGCCAAUGGAAUACAGAACAAGGAGGCAGAAGUUCGAAUCUUCCACUGCUGCCAAUGUACCUCGGUCGAGGCUGUAACAGAACUUACAGAAUUUGCCAAAUCUAUUCCUGGGUUCUCUAAUCUAGAUUUGAAUGACCAGGUGACCCUGUUAAAAUACGGGGUUUAUGAAGCCAUUUUUGCCAUGUUGGCUUCUGUGAUGAACAAAGACGGCAUGCUAGUAGCCUAUGGAAAUGGUUUUAUAACUCGAGAAUUCCUCAAAAGUUUAAGGAAGCCAUUUUGUGAUAUCAUGGAGCCGAAGUUUGAUUUUGCAAUGAAAUUCAAUGCAUUGGAGUUGGAUGAUAGUGACAUAUCACUUUUUGUGGCUGCUAUAAUUUGUUGUGGAGAUCGCCCUGGCCUUGUGAACAUAGGACACAUUGAAAAGAUGCAAGAGAGCAUUGUGCAUGUAUUAAAGCUUCACUUGCAAAACAACCAUCCUGAUGACAUCUUCCUUUUCCCAAAACUUCUGCAAAAAAUGGCAGACCUCCGGCAGCUUGUCACAGAGCAUGCUCAGCUUGUUCAGAUAAUCAAGAAGACUGAAUCUGACGCACACUUACAUCCUUUGCUACAAGAAAUCUACAAGGAUAUGUAUUAAGGUUGUUUUAGUUUUGUAAGAUAUGUAAUGACAACAGCAAUAUUAAUAGAUGGGAGCAAACUAUUUUGCACAAUUAAACCUCCCCUGCUUUAAUCUCAAAGCAUUAGUGAAGCUAAAAUAUAGGUAACUGGAAUAUCACAUUUUUAUGCCAGGGGUUAUUUUUAUGUGCUUAAGAGAAUUUUUUAUAAUAAGCUGUGAUUGACUUGAAAUUUGGCAACAGUGAAAGUUUUGUCAUGUCACAUCUGAACUUACUAACACACUAUUUCUGAAGUUUCUGCACUUUUAAGCUUUCAUCCCCUCAUCUCCAUUACUGUGAGAAAGCUAGCACUUUGGGCCAAGAUCCAAGAAAGCUUUAUAUGUGUUUCUCCGCAUACUGCAUGGUGAACUACAUUUCAAACUUGAGAGUUUUAAAAGCAAAUUGUGAUACUGCAUGAAGGGGGCCAGAGAGAUUAAAAGAAGAAAAAGGACAUAGACCACUGAUGACACCCAAUCCUUUAGCUGCAUCUAAAUUAGUUCCUUAGAUCCUGACCCUCUUUUGUCAGAAACUUGCACAUUUGAUACUAGACUGGUGUUCAUACAUGAGAGAGGUAUUUUUCCUGUCUAAGGCUGCAAUCCUAAGCACACUUUCUAGGAAGUAAGUUCCAUAAAACUGAGUGGG